AUGCACAAUUUUUUAGAGCCGGCCUCCCCGGAGUCGUCCGAUACCAGCACUAGCCAAGGCUCACACUCAAGGAGGAUACACCAGCCUGAUCUGCACACCGACACUGUGGAUGCGCUCAGGGUACCGUUGCGACCGGAACCAGGGGAUAAGACGCGCAAGAGGGAAUCGAGGCUUGGCCUGAGGAAUAUAUUCGGCCGCGGCAAAGGCGGCGACGACAACAGCAGGCCAUCGACCCCGCGAGACGCUUCCCAACGGCUGGGAGGCAUCCGGGCUUCAUUCGCCGAGAUCAACUGGCCCUAUGGCUCUCAGAAUGGACAGGGGCAUCGUUCAGAAAUCUCGUUGCCCUCUUUGUCCCGUGUUCUCCCCAGCGGGCCCGCCUUGAAGCACAAGAAAUCCGAAAGCGUUGUCCGCCCGCAACACAACGCGGAAAAAUGCGAGGCCCCGAACUCACCUCCAUUAUACCAAGCAUAUCGGCAGACGAUCAAGCAUGCUCAACUUCCUGCAUGCACCGUACCGGCGGAAGUUGUUUUGCGCAUGCACACCCACAAGAGCAGCGCUUCGCUUGCUGGGCUACUCAACCCAAGGGCAUUGGACGGCCUCGACGACUUGGCUGGUGAGAAACCGAAGAGGGGUCAUCGAAGAAAUGGAUCUGGUUCAGCGCCGAGGUUCGAGUGGACCACCAAGGUGUAUAUCCUUACGACAUCGGGGCAUCUGUUGCAAUAUGCGAGCGAAGGCACCUAUGACCGACAUCCGGAGCGAGUACUAGAGCUGGGGAAAGACUCAGCCGCUUUUGCGAGCGACGCCAUACCUGGUCGCCACUGGGUGGUUCAGGUGUCAUCCGUCGCGGAUGCUGAUCACUCACCUGGCCCACAGUCUUCCCUUCGCGCUCGGCUCCCUUUCCGCGGCGCAGAGCGGCGACCCUCUCCGGCAUUCUUGAUGGUGUUUGAAAGCGCCGAAGACAUGGAGAGCUGGAUUGCGGCGCUCCGGCGGGAAAUCGAGAAAUUAGGAGGGCGCAAGGUUUUGUCAGAAACUGGCAGGCCGAAGAUAGGGACCGACGAGAACGAGCUCAAAAGCCAAACGCCCCAGCGGACGGCCGUCCCGAAGACACCAAGCCGGUUUUCCCAGGUCAUGACGGCCGACCAGACCUGGGAUGGAAGCCUGCCGAUUUCUAGCCCGGCCCAGUACUCGCCAGCCCGUGAGCAGUCUUUUGACGGCACCUCCACUUCCAGUUUCAUUUCUCAUGAAGGGAGACAACUCGAUUCUUUGAGGGAUAGCUAUAAUCGGCUGUCCUACAUUUCAUCCAGCCAACGAACUAUGGUUACAUCCGUUGGCUCCUCGCCGGCAUGCUCACCCAUUCGUGACUCGUUUGGGGAGCUUGAUUCAAUGUCAGAGUUCCCAGAGUACGAGGACGCAUCGCAGCCUAGAAUGCGUCCGAAUGCGAUGGCGAUUAUUGACCGAAGGCAGUCCGUCCAAGCACUCAACCAUGUCCUUGGGAUGGGCGCUAGCACGGCGCAGACUCCUCAUCGGCCCGCAUCAACAUAUUCUAACAUGAGGCAACCCGAGUCUUCCGCACCUUUCACAUCGGCUUCGCUCGGAUCAACCAAGCGCUUAUCUUUUGCGAGGGCGACUCCCGGCGCGAUGCCAACACAAUCGUCGGCAUCUCCCCUGCUCUCGCGCAUGGGCAGCCGGCGGCCACCUCCGACGGCUUUGUCCAUUAACCCCCGCCCGUUGUCCCUAGUCGAAGAUCAACCGUCCCCCGCUCUUUCGUCCUUGAGCCGAGGUACCGUCACCGAAGGAACCAGCACGCCCCCGUCAGGUACCCCGCUUACCCCUGCCGUCACCCUCCCGUCACCCCAUCGGGCGGAAAGCGAGCUGGCGAAACGCAUCCGCGAGGAGUCGCUUCGUGACUCGGGAAUUUCAACGCAAGAGAACACGGCAGAUGUUGUCCCACCCAUGGACCGGAGGUACUCAAAAGACUUCGUCCCGACCCCGUCACCUCGGGCUUCAACCUUCCCGCUUCAAGAUCAGCCCCCUCGUUCGAAUACUUCGCUUGGCACAUACGCUGAACCGUCACCAUUCGGCCCCCAGACAUUCUCGUCCCGGCCGCGGAGAGUCAGCUUUAACUCGGCGCCCCAAGUCGAUAGAUCCUCGCUACUCUCUCCUUCGCCAUACAUUCGGUCCGAUGCUCCGCAAACACAACAACAGCCGCAGCACCAAAACCAGCAUGCGACGGCUACGCUGCCUGAGAAAUCGGCCCCGAGAUCAUCCCAGUACUUGCGCCUUGAGCCUCCGUCGCAUCCAGUCCUCCAGAGACGGAGCUGGUCCCAGCCAGCCACGUCCCAGUCGGACGCGGGGGGCCCGCCGCCGGCCCCGCCGCCAAACAGGGCUCUGCCUCCGCUCCCUCCAAAAUUCAACAGUGUUCCGCCCCCGGGGUUCAUCUGA